UCACAAUUUCGACCAAUGUAACCCAUGGAGUCCUAUAAUAAUACAGUACUGUUAACACAAUAUAAUAAGUUAACUAUCAAUUCAACACAGGAUGAUAAAUCCAGAUGUUCAAAACCAGUAUCUGAAGAUUUGUUAAGUUCAAAUGUGGGGUAGCAGUGUAAUUCCAACAUUCGACCACUAGAGGCCAGGCUUUGAUCACAACAUGCCUAUCUAGCAUGCCUUGGUUAAAAACGAUCAGGUUGUGUUCAUCACAGUGGGACAGUGAUGUGCUGGCAUUUCAAAAAAGGGAAACUGCGCACGAUGACGUAAAAUGGCUCACCACGAGUUUUGGAUUGAAAUAGAAGUGGGAAAUGUUCAAAAAACACUCAAGUAAACCGCAGAAACUUGGCUAAUCUCAGUUGAGGACUGAAAUAAGGAAAGCGAACAAAGGAAAUAAUGAAGUAAUUUGUAACUAGUCAGCUUCAGUGUAUUGAUUGAAAGGGUUGUACUGAGCCUAACGCCGUAACACCACCACUACUUAAUCUCUGUUGUACGGUUAAAGAAACCAAUCAAAGAAAUGGAAGGAAAUUUCAUUCACUCUUUCAUACACUUCACCACAAACUUAAACGGACGUGAAUAAGUCAUUAAAAUUAAGCAGCGAGGUAAUUGGUUUGGCUGUAACAGGUUAGAAAGAGAUGGCCAAAGAAGACAGAAAGAAUUAAGAAAAAGUAGAAGAAAAAGUAGGGUUCAUGGGUCACGUGCUCGGUCAGUAGGGAAGAGAGUGACGCAGCUGUUAACAACAGUGGGUAAUCAGAGCGCGUGUUCGGUUCCGGGCGGAGAUAGUUUGAGACGGAGAAGACAACACCAUAUUCACCGUUUCUGCUGCCACUGAGGCCGCUGUAGUUCCCUGUAAAGUCUGGUUUUCUAAAUAUUAACUAACUCCGAAGUGAUAUUCAGCCCACAAUCGAUAUCGAUAAAGUUUUAGUUUAAUAAAUGCGAUAGGCUACUGAAAUCAUACAGCCCGAAGUCAGUUCCGUUUGUAUUUUCAAUUACACGAGCAACUUAAUGUCCAUUUCACGCCUCAGGUGUAAUGUAACACGCAGAAGAAGCAGCUUAUAUCUGUUUAGAAGUGAAAAAUGUAGCGUGUCGGACUGGGUAUUGUCUGUCAUAAAUCUACCCAAACGAUUACGCCGGCUGUUUUGGUCAUCGGGCAAUUUCCUCGCCUGCGUAAAACUUGCGUCAUCGGCGCAUUGGUGUCUUUUUGACGUUUCCUCAGUUAUCAUAUAUUAUUCAAAUCGAAAGUCACGUGUAGCCACAGAGAUCGGCUACUAGUCCAGUGGUUUUGGUGGUGGUAGUAGUGGCGGCAGUGCUGCGCCGAUGCGUAAAAGAGAACCAUCGAUUGGAGCAGCACCGGCAGGCUCCGCGUACUUUGACAGUAAAGAAGCAAGGCAGCGAGUGAGUUUGGAAAGAGGGAGGGUGGGAGAGCCCUCCCCCAGCCAAAUGUCUGGAUGGAUCCACUCCUUCAUAACCCAACUCUUCUCCAGCCUCGCGCAGAUGGCCAAAGUGUCCAAACCAGAUUGUGAACCAGCUCCAACGGGCCACGGGGAUGACAAGAUGAGAGCAGAUUAGAUAUUUAACUCUUCCCUCGCCACUCUGUUUUAGUUUUAGUUCAUUUAGUGAAAGUCAAAGUAGCCAAAUCCUCUUCUUGUGCGAGAGCACUUGGCUACAUGUGAAUGUCCCCCGGUCUCCCAGCGCACUCCACGCCUGCGCCGGUGAUGCCAUGCCGCGAAGUCACGCCGGCGACGAGAGCGGCGGCACCGGGCUCUGGCUGAAGACCUCGACAGGACGCCGGGCGCAGGACUACGCACUGAAAGAUGUGGAGUCUGGGCGGAGGACGAUGAAUAACGCGGUGCGAGUCGGCGACGGUCUCCUCUCUCCCACCGCGGCAGGUGCGGUGGGAGCGGAGAGGAAGCAGGGCGCCCGGCUCAGCCUGCUGGGGAAGCCGCUGACCUACAGCGCCCAGAGCGGCCGCAGGAACGCGCGGUACCGGCGGCUCCAGAAUUACCUCUACAACGUGUUGGAGAGACCGAGGGAAUGGGCGUUCGUCUACCACGCUUUUGUGUUUAUCCUGGUGUUUGGAUGUUUGGUUCUCUCUGUAUUUUCCACCAUCCCUGCUCACCAGGAAUUCUCCUCUCACUGUCUGCUCAUUCUGGAAUUUGUGAUGAUUGUAGUGUUUGGUCUGGAGUACAUCAUCAGGAUAUGGAGUGCUGGCUGCUGCUGCCGCUACCGAGGCUGGCAAGGACGCCUCCGGUUUGCCAGGAAACCAUUCUGUGUCAUAGACAUCAUCGUACUCAUCGCCUCGGUUGCUGUGGUUUCAGCCGGUAGCCAGGGUAACAUCUUUGCCACCUCUGCGCUGCGCAGCCUUCGUUUCCUUCAGAUCCUGCGCAUGGUGCGCAUGGACCGCAGGGGAGGGACCUGGAAGCUGCUGGGGUCUGUAGUUUAUGCACAUAGUAAGGAGCUGGUGACUGCCUGGUAUAUUGGGUUUCUGGUGCUAAUCUUCUCCUCCUUCCUGGUCUAUCUGGUGGAGAAAGAAUUCAACAAAGAGUUUGCCACCUACGCUGACGCUCUGUGGUGGGGCACAAUCACCCUUACAACCAUCGGCUACGGUGACAAGACCCCGCAGACGUGGACAGGACGGUUGUUAUCAGCCGGUUUUGCCCUGCUGGGGAUAUCCUUCUUUGCCCUGCCAGCUGGCAUCCUCGGGUCAGGUUUUGCCCUGAAGGUGCAGGAGCAACAUCGACAGAAGCACUUUGAAAAGAGGAGGAACCCAGCUGCCAGCCUAAUCCAGUGUGUCUGGCGUAGUUAUGCUGCUGAUGAGAACUCGGUUUCCAUUGCUACCUGGAAGCCUCAUUUGAAGGCGUUGCAUACCUGCAGCCCCGCCAAGAAAGAGCAGGGCGAGACUACUUACAGUCAGAAAUUGAGUUUUAAGGAGCGGGUCCGGAUGGCGAGUCCUCGGGGUCAGAGCAUGAAGAGCAGACAGACAUCAAUCAAUGACCGCCAACGCUGUUCCCCUGGCAAUGAGGUGGUUGGUGGUGCCGAGCUGAUGGGCGGGAGCCCGGCUAAAGUGCAGAAGAGCUGGAGCUUCAACGAUCGCACCCGUUUUAGGCCAUCGCUGAGGUUGAAGAGCCAGACUCGCACUGCGGUCCCAGAUGUGGACACAGGCAUGACCACAGAGGAUUCCUUUGAUGAGAGGGGCUGCCAUUGCGAUGUUACAGUGGAGGAUCUAUCAGCUCCCCUCAAGGCUGUCAUCAGAGCUGUCAGGAUCAUGAAGUUCCACGUAGCAAAGAAGAAGUUUAAGGAGACGUUGCGUCCUUACGACGUGAAGGACGUCAUAGAGCAGUACUCUGCAGGACACUUGGACAUGCUCUGUCGGAUCAAGAGCCUACAGACCAGGGUGGAUCAGAUCCUGGGAAAAGGCCAGAUACCUGUGGAUAAGAAGAUGAGGGACAAACUGCACCCAGAUGGAGACUCCCUGGAGGGCAUGAGCAUGCUGGGACGUGUAUGUAAAGUGGAGAGACAAGUAACUUCCAUUGAGUCAAAGUUGGACUCUUUGCUGGAUGUUUACCGCCAAGUCCUGCAGAAAGGCCCCACAGCGCUGACCCUCUCCUCACUGCCUCUGUUUGAGCUGGACAGCCACCAGCACCACAACUCGGACUACCAGACCUCCAUCGUUGGAAGGGAUCUCCCCUCUCCCCAGGGCGGUGAUCCUGGUCGAGGCGGAGGAGACAACAAUGGGGGCAUACGCCGUCCUCUUGGUGCCAACCCGAGAGGCUUGCGGCUUAUCCUGGCACCCGCCGAUGAUGAUGUUCCCCCAGACUCAGCGCCUCCAUCUUACCCCCCGUCCACAGCCUCACUCUCCCCGUCACCCCUUCUGCCACCAGACAGCCCCUACCCAACCCUGGUCACCCCAAAUGGCACCUCCAAAAGAGCACACUUCCCUGACCUGCCACCCCCACCUCCCUCCUCUGGGGGUUUUACCCUCCAGCUGCCCCCCAUGGUGCACCCCUCUCACCUCCGAUGCCCCGCUGAUUCCGUCCCAGAUGAUUUGACGGAUGGAGUGAGAGCAGACGAAGAGAGCCUGGGCCCCUCAGUUGUCAUGGGAUCCAGCAGUGAAGCUGACCAGGAAGGGGACAGCGAGCCAGGCUCUGUCCAGGGAAGGGUGCAGCUGCGGGAGAAGCCCGGCUUGAAAUCUGAGGGGGUCUGGAGGAGGCACAUGAGCCUGGAGGUCAACCCCCUGCUGCUGCUCUCGUCUAGCCCAGACGGGAGACCUUCAGACUGGGAAGGCAGUCUGGGGAAAUCCCUCUCCGUGCACAAUCUCAGCCAGCCUUUGACCAGCCAUGCCCCUGGUCUCUCCUCAACGCUCAACAACAGCAGCAGCAGCAAUGGUAGUGAACGUGGCAAUGCCCACGGUGACCUCAGCAACUGGGACAGAACAGAACUCUUCAUUAGUGAUUGCAAGCUGGAGCCAGCAGGAGAACAUUUCGACUUCCUGUCCCAGGGACCUGACAGCAGCCCCUCCGAUCUUUUACAGACUGUGGAGGGAAACUCAGAGUUUCUCAGUCAGUCCCCACACAUACAGCUGGCAUAACCACACACACACACUGACACAUACUCUCGCAUACUGUAUGUACACACCAUUGUUGGGGAAGCCACUUUUAAAGUAUUUUUACAGGACACGGAUUAUGUUUCAAAUUGUACAGUUAAAUGCUUUGUAUGUGGACACGUGUUUUUAUGUUUUGUCACACACAAUUGUGUCCACUUUCAUACAGAUUUUACUCUGCUAUAUACUUUUUAUGGGGUUCUAAAAUUAUCAUAUAAAAAAUGAAAAGAAAUCAAAAGUAUUAGGAUGUAUAAAAUAUGUAUGCAAGUGGCCAAAUUCAUGUAAGACAAAAUCCACAAACAAUACACAAAUGCAAAUAACCUUCUUUGCUCUUAAUAAGAUAAAGGGUAAUUUUAUUAACUUUAUACAAUGAAGAUAAUGUUUUUCAUAUUCAAGAUCAUAUGUUAACAAAAAAAGGGGUUUUAUUUGAAAAUGAAGAACAAGAAAAAAUGUUUGACACCUGCCCACUAGGCAUCAGAGUGUAGAUGAAAUAUUUGGUUUAUCACAAGAAGAACUGUAAGUGAUGUUAAUGUUGAACUUUCUUUUCAAAGUAAGUUCCAACCGUCCUACGUUUUCCUUGACCCAAACCAAAGAACUUAGUUUGGGCUCAUAACUGAGAGAAGCAGGAGUCUAACUUUUCACUCUAGAAAUGAAAGGAUAUGUUGUCGGAUUUGUGCCAACCUUGAGAAUUAAAUGAGUGAAUAAAAAUAGAGAUAUACAAAAGAGUUGCUGAAACGUAAAUAAGACACAGCUAAUUAUUGGUCAACCACUUCUUUUUUGACGUGGUGAAACCAGUGCACACAGGUACAUGCACACACUACACUACACCCAUUCUUUCAUACAUACAAAUACACACUGACACAUACAACCACCAACAACAACCACAGAGUACUCUGAGAGGAGCCAACUUAAGAGCUGAGACUGACUAGUGACUUAUUUUUUCAUUUUAAGUGCUUGUAUUCAGAGACUUUCUUGUGAGAGAAGGAGAGUUACUCACUCUCCUAAUUCAAUGUCUGCCUUUGGCAAUGUAAAAUGUCAUCUUUUGCUUAAGCUUUCAUACAUAUCAUUGCAUGGAUUGUCAAAAACAAAUGAAUCAAAGUGAGAAUAAUGUGGACAAGGUGAGGCCUGAUGUGAUGAGAAUAGUUGAAAUAAACAAAAAGAGUUAAAGGUCAUACCUUUAGCAUGUGUUCAGACCACAAGCAACUCAUUCUAUUCAUCUUCUGUGGCCACAGAAAUAUUGGUGAUUGUUGAUAUGGUAGCUGUGUCAUCUGUCAGCAGGUUGUCAGUAAAUUUAGAUACAGCAAACCUAUUGGGAAAAUGGUCUAUAAGUGUUGGAUUAUGUCCCACUUGGUUUGGACAGUAGCCUGGUGAGUUGCUAAUGGUCUGGAUGCUGAAUUGCAGUAGGCUUAUCAAGUGGGCUUUCUCAGUUAAGCAUGAGAUGCUGCAUGUCUAAGAUGCUGCAUUACUUAAAUCAAGAGCAGUCACACACUUGCUGGUGGCCUGAAUGCCCUUUUGCAUGUUAAAGUAAUGUUUCCUCCAAAUGUUUAACAAAAAGAAAUGAACAAGGUCUGCCUAUAUGAACAUUAUUAUAUUCUAAUUUGAACUAAUUUCAUAGUAGUUUAAAACCUGUAUUGCCAGUUAUAUUGAUAACCCAUUUACCAUUAAAUGUUAUGACACACAAGAUCUUUUUUUUUUUUGACAAACCCUGUCUUUUUACUGGGUGCUGUUUGCACCAUGUGCAUUAAUAAUGAUUAAAGGCUGACCUUAUACCCUCCUCCCGUUCCGGUACAAUGUGGUGUGACAGGACAAAACGGCACAGCAUCCAUUUAUAACGCAGCAAGCCAGUUUCACUUUAGGAACCCAUGAUAAUGAUACACUGCACAUGCAGUGUUGUUGAUCUAGUAUGCAUGUUGUUACCUUAUCUACGUGUCCAUUCUGCUGCUAACAAUAUCAAUGUGUGAUAUAAAAUAGGAGACAGAGAGCGAGAGAUUGAGAUGAGAAAAAUCCUCAUUGAUAUUUUCUUUGACUGCUACAAUUUCAGCAUUUAUCUGAAAUGCUGAAUGUUCUUACCCAGAGAAAUGUGCUCAAGAAGACAAACUGAAUGAGCUAGUAUCAGACCUUAGACUGAGAUUAAAAUUUGAGUUAUGCAUGGCCUCUUUAACCUCUUCAGCUGCUCCACCCCAAAAAAAAAUAUUUUUAAUUCUUCCUCACUGUAUCAGUCAUAAUUGCAAUAUUUAACCAUCUAGGAUUUUACUACUGUGGACCUGGUUAUGUACUGGUGUGUUUUGUCCAUAUUGAGAUCCACCAUAUACAGGUUACAUUUUCUCUGGCCAGGUUAUGAAAACUGGUGUCUGCGAGUGUCUUAAAUGACACUGUCUUAGCACGACACGCAACAGGAGCAUUGUUUUCAUUGCCAUCGUGCUUGUAGAUGGGUUGACUGCUCUUGAAUGAGAAUUAUGUACAAAACUAUGGUGGCCAUCCUAAGUUUUGCCAGCCAUUUUUACUUGUUUUUGCACGUUUACAUCUUAAGGGGUACGCAGUCACAGCAGUCUUAAAAAUGUAUAUGUAUUAACAACCUUUAUUCGUCAUUAUUUUUCAGUUAUAUUCCCUUUGUUUUGAAUGGUAGAGCAUUGCAUAGCAAAUUAACAUUCUGUAGUAAAGUACUAAAUAUUAUCUUCUAACAAAUGACAGUAGAUUGAGUUUUGAAAUACUCUACAGUCCAGUCAGGAGCUGUCCUGGUAUGAUUGAAUAUAUUAUCAACAUGAAAGCACAGUUGUUUUUGGUGAGUGUGAGGAGCCUGAAAAUGUGACAUGAUAGUUUAAUGCUUAUAUUGGAAUAGAUUUGUUGUAGUUAUUGACUGAGUUUUGCUACAUAUGAAAAGAGGCUAACCAAAACUGUCAGUUACUUUGGAGCAAGAUCGAACAAUAACAAGGAAAGCCCAUGGACUCUGCCAUUUGAGAAAUUGGAUGGAUUAUUUGUCACAUAAAACAUGCUCAUUUUUGCAAUCUGUAAAUUGCUUAAGGGUGCCUUUCUUGCAUAAGAAAAUUAUUUUAUUUUUUCUUCACAGGGCUACAAAGGUUUAGUUUGCCUACAGCCCAUAGCAUACUGCUCACUUUUGGGUUGGGCAUCCAGUUCACUUAAGUCAUGUAGCUUUAGCCACAGACUUUAUAUAGCUUUGGUGGCUAAUAAUACCAUUUCUCUACUGCUUGAACAGUAAUUUAUUACACAACUGGCCUUAAAGCUUGAUAAUGUUAACAUUAUUAUUUCUUUGAAAUUAAUUUAUUAAAGUGCACAUCAUGUUCUCUGGAUGAGAAAUGCAAAAAUAAUUUUAUUAUUCAUUAAUAAAGUACGAAUUAACGAAA